AUGGCAAGAUACGAUGUGGACGGUGCAGAUGUGUUGAUUCUGAAAGACAAACUGGACAAAGUGUCCCGUAUUUCCCAGAAAAUCAACGUGUCUUUGAAAGGCAUCAGUAAGACAACUGCACAGUCCAAUGAGCUUUUCACACCUAUCAUGGAGUCUAAUUUGAGACUUGGAACAUUGCAGAAAAAUAUCGAGAGCAGUUUGGAUGCUAUUUCCUCGAUCAAGGAUCUGGCUAAUGAUGCUUCCAAGCAUGAGCUCGUUCUGACUCAGAAGAUCGAGAAAGUUGGCUUGAGACAAUUUAUAAAGGCAAUCUGGAAGCUACGAAAUAUACAGGAUAGCAUGGACUUUAAAAAACAGAGCUCACCAGACUCCCAAGAAUUUCAAGGCGUUCGGACCCAUUUGUCCAAAGUUGUAGACUCCAGUGAGACCGAAUUGCGCACUUAUUUCGGUUUUAUUUUGCGCAAGAUUGAACCCUUCGACCCUCAGAUCAUGUUAAACAAAAAAAUACCUUUUCCAUACUAUGGAGAUGAAGAUAUUAGUGAACUCAGCAAUAUAGUUGCUUAUUUUGGUACCCAAAAUUCUCUGUCUUUGACGCCUGUGGUCACAAGCAAUCGCUCUCAAUUGAUUCUCAAAAGCUUGGCAUUCCUCGAGCCCUUCUCUAAAGAAAUCACGAGUAAUCCCAACGUUCCUUACCGAAAGGGAAGCAGUGGAUUUCUCAAUUAUAAUGAGGCUCUGCUUGGGUUCAUUGCCAACGAGUCCAACUUCACUGAAGAUCUUUAUGCCAAAAGCCCUGAAACUAGAAACGAAGUUCUCAGAGAAAUAUUGUUACCAGUGAUUGAAAAGUACGUUAAACUUGUAAAGAUCAACAUUGAUUUGGUCAAAAAAAAUCUCUCGAAUGUUGGUCUCUUUACGUUUGAACUUGCCGAGUGUGUCACGAAUGUUCUGAAGCUUCUCAAGAGCACUCGCCUGGCUGACUACCCUGCUCUAGCUCAUUGCCAUAAGGAAACAACUUCCAUUUUGCAUUCAUUAUUCAGGGAUUUGAUGAGUUACAUUGAUGGAAAGGCUUCACAACUCUCUCAGUUACCUAGUGACAACGGUGUGAUAGAACCAACGAUAGAUGUAAUGUCCCGCUUGCGUAAGUUCAGCGAAUAUAAGCAAGGAUGCUUAAACAGUAUAUGUGGGAUGAGACGAAAUGAAUGGCUGCCUAAAAACUUCAGUGAGAAGGAAUAUACGCUUCAAGAGCGCCGCGUCAUAGAUCAGCCGAAUGAUCUACUGUCCUGUUUUUUCAGCGACUGCAUCGACUGUCUGGUAGUAUCGCUGGAUAGACGUGCUCAACAGAUUCUUAUGCCCAAUCAAGAACCUGAUAUUGCAAAUCCUAACAGUGCUCGCAAUAUUCAUAAGCAGCGAAUUGGGUUUUUCCUCAUUACCAACAUCACACUUAUAGAACAAAUUGUAUUGAGGUCGGAGCUCACCUCGAUACUAGGCGAGCAAGGGAAUGUUCGCCUAGAGAAACUGAAAAAACGAUACGUCGGGUACUUCAUCUCUGACUGGAGGAGUCUGACGUCAAAUCUACUUGAUGCCGUCUUCGUCGAUAGCUCUGGCAAAGUGUCGUCUAAGGACAAAGACCAAAUCAAAGAGAAAUUCAAAAAAUUCAAUGACGGCUUCGAGGAAUUAGUGUCAAGCUUCAAGCAUUUCAAAAUAUCCGACCCUACAAUGAGAAAGCUUCUAAAAAGCGAGGUAAACUCCUUGGUAUUGCCGCUUUACGAGAGGUUUCACGGGCGUUAUAAAGAUUCUUUCAAAAACCCUAGAAAGCACAUCAAGUACACACCAACGGAGCUGGCUUCUGUUCUCAACUCAAUAGAUAGGUAA